AUGUUCAACUACAACCUACAUUUUCUGCAAACAUCUAUGAUUACCUACUCAAGUGAGAGGAGGAUAUCCAUAACCUUAAGAAAAAUGGAAACUAAAGUACUAUUCUAUUCUAAUGACUUAUUCUAUGACAUGUAAUGUGCAGUUUUUUUAAAACCUCAUUUAGGCACAGUUUCUUUCUACUGUAACUCGGUGACUGUAAUGCCCAAGGUUCCUGAUAAAAACAUGAACGUUUCAGUGAAUGGAGAAAAUGAUUCCCAACCUUGCCCAUUGAAUGUUGGAGAAUGAACGCUUCAGUGAAUGGAGAAAGUGAUUUUCAACCUUCCCCAUUGAAUGUUGGAGAAUGAACGCUUCAGUGAAUGGAGAAAGAGAUUCCCAACCUUCCCCAUUGAAUGUUGGAGAAACUGUCGUCAGUAUCAAGGUUUUAUCAGCAGAUGGAAGCAAUUCUCGUGUAAGAUGAUUACACAUAGACUGCUACAGUAUCGGCAACAUUUGUAUGGAAACUUUUGGUAA